AUGACUAAGUCUCUUCCGGUCAAAGACCUCCACCAAGAGCUCAAGAAUAAGACCACCACGGACGGAUGGGACAUCUUAGUCUCGUAUUCGGAGAAGCAACUGAAUCAAUUUUUGAAGAAAAGCUGGGGUGCCUCGAACCGUUUCACUAAUGUUCCCCUCAAGCAGCCCCUGGGACAUGGCAAACAUGCCUACACUCAGCUGUACAAUAUCAAAUUCCAUGCCCCUGAUCUCAACUUUGAUACCGCUGCUGGAUUUGUUUACUUGACUAUGCCAAUCAGUGGCACGAGCCGUGCCUCAGACGACAAACCCGAGGAUGCCAUCAAAAUCCCAGAGGGCCACUAUAGUUUUAAAGUCCGGUGCCAGAUCAAGGGAAUGAAAGGGGACGGUUCGAAUUCCCAGACGAGUGGCAGUAUCUUCCAUUUCGAUGACAACGCGAAGAGCUCAUACUAUAUCACUUUUAAUUUUGACACUCAGAAUUCAAAUUGGCAAUGCCUGGCGAAAGAUAAAUCCGACGAGGCCAUGACCAAUGAGUUGUAUCAACUUGUCACCGAGGCCCAAAAAUGGUUUGCAGCGCACGACAAGCUCCAAUGGAUUGAUUAUAGCAUAGCAGAGGUGUCCAAUAGCUCUCAAAGCUCCAACAGCUCUGGUAGCAAUCUCCUCACACCGUCGUCAUUUGUUUUUUCAUGUCAGCCCGGUGUUUUGAAUGUCUUCAUCCACACCAUGGGAGGCACUAAAGGGCUAGGAAACAAUCCUCCACAGUUCGGUUUCGAACAUGUGCAGCAUGUCACCCCAGUGCCCAGGGAGUACCAUGCCACUAUAAUCAUCUCACGGCAGCUGUUCCUCCAAGCAUACCUGUUGGAGAACAUCAAGAAACUAUGCCCGAGCCUCUCCAAGACCAAGCCUGUCCAAAGCAUGACGGUCAACAACGGAUUGAAGCUGGAAUUGCGUUACGACAAGAACAAAGUGAUCAAAUGCAAGGAUUUUCGCAGUCAUGCGUUCGACCAAAUAUUUGAGAAAUUGAACGUGGACAUGGACAAACACCCGUUGGUGCUCACUGUCGAAGAUGAUGCAGAUGACCUGACACCUAAAGCAUCGUGGAAGUGGGAUUUAUCUGGACAAGUCACAUAUACGUAUUACCCCCACGUAGGUCGGGCCCCUAUACCUAUGGAGUAUCACGUCAACGUAAAUGCUACAAUCAAAAAUCAUAAAACGGACUUUGCCCAAAUAAGCGGGAACACAAUAAACACCAGUGUCAGAUUUGGCACAGACAAUCAACCGACAGUUAGCAGCGACCAUGAAAACAUCACUGGCCUCAUCAACUUCCAGUUGGACACCUUUGAUCUGCACAUGCCACAACUGAACUUCUUCCGGACGCAGAACAUCUUUGCCCCAGGAAAGCAGAUGAUCAACGUCAAGAAGUUGAUGCUUCCAUAUGAUUUGGUGAUGGUGGGAGACAUUGCAGUGUAG